UGUAGGAAGCUGCUUGACCACCGGUUGCUGUAGGCACUCGCCAUAAACACUUGUUUCACUUGUGAUUGGAUGUGUGAUCUCUGCUUUUGGUCUACCCCCCGCUAAUGUGCUAUUAAUAGAACGUAAAUACAAAGAAAAAUAAAUUCUAUCAUACACCAAAUAUCUUCUGCCGCGUAUACUUAUCUGUUUCGCAGUGAAUUAUUUGUGAAUAUUUGUGUUUCAAAAAUUUUACAUUUUUGGAAAACAUCAGGAAUACGAGGAUCAGUUUGAAAGAUGGAUUCGGAGUAUGCAGGAACUCCAACUUCUUCUCAAAUGAAUGUCGAGACUGAAGUCUCCGAAUUGUAUGGACGAGGUCAUAGAGGCAGAGUGCCUUUACUACCAUGGACACCAACAAUAGAUGAAGAAAAGGAGCCACCAUUAAAGAAAACAAAGACGAUGCAAGCUAAGGUAGCAGCUAAGAACGAAGCUCAAGCAGCAGCUAAAGUUUUUAAUAAAAUAGUAAAAGAUGGAAUUGCAAAAUGUACUGAGGAAGUAGACGUUCUUUGCUUGCAACGUGCUUUAAGCAAUAAAGAUGAAAAUGCUGUAGUAACUGUUGUUAAGAACAAGCCUCCAAAGUACGUUAUCCAAAAUACAGUUGCUACUCAGGUAAUGUUUGCCGGUGUCAACAUAAAUAAUGAAAAGUUGGCCAAAGCCAAAAUUGCAACGACGUUGAAGUUGAGAUUAACGUAUCUUGCGCAAGGAUAUUGGACACCUGAACAAAUGCCAUUCAUUGGUAGCCGAAAUCCACAGAAUGUUAGUGAUGAAGAAUUUAUAGAAGUUACUCAAACUGACAUCAACAACAUUAUGCGCAUCGUUAACAGUCUUCAAGAAGAUAACGAGUUAAAAAUCUCAGAUGGUACAGAAGAAAAAGCGAGUGAUAACAAAUAUGUUAGAAAAUGUAUUCUGGAGGUUCCAAAAACUUGGCGUAAUACUCAUAAAAAUAAGUAAUUUGUCAAAAAAUACCAGAAUCUAAUAUAUCACAUGUAUCAACGGUGAUUUUAUCUCUUUUGUUUUGAUCUGAGUUCAUUGACUGCACGUGUCGUGUAUAAAAUCUACGAAUUGUCACCUUCUUAUGUCAGUUUUUAUUUUGCUUUGCGAUGAAUGACAUCGUCUAUUCGAAUUUAAUUUUUAGACAAAAAAAUUUUAGACUUAUUACUAAUGUAACCAAAUAACUUUAAUUUUAAUUGAACAAGGUAUUUAUUUAUUUAUUUUUUUUAUUCUUCAAUUUUUUAUGAGAAGUUCUAAUAAGUUUGUGAAUAAUUAAUUUCUAAUUUUGGUUUAAUAAAGUGGCCUGAUGAUGGUGUCAAACCAAGACACCGAAACGUUGCCGAAUAAAUAAUUUGGUGUUUCAUUUAUUGCUUCCAAUAAUCGAAAGAAUCU